AUAAAUAAUGUCAUUUUGUUUAAUGUUGUAACUAAUAUGAAACGGAUAAAGUAAGUCUAUAACAACCUGAAAAAAGGUAAACCACCAAAACUAUUUAUAUAAAAAUUUAAGAAACAUAAAAGCCAUGACAAAUCGAUGUACAAUUUAAUCUAGCAUGUAAAAACUAAGCAAGUCGGUAGUAUGAGUAAGUAACUAAUCACAGAUGAUUCACCACAAUAAGUUUCCAAUUCCCAAAUAGGCAGCCCUUACCCAGACCGUCGCAAAUUCAGCUCGAUUGUAGUUCUCAAUUGGCGCAGUCUCCCAUUGAUUCAACCUAAAUUCACAUCACCAAAAUCUCAAAGAUGCAAGUACCGUCAUCAGACAUAGUUAUUCAGCUAGCCUUUCUGCUUCUUACCUUUGCAAUCUUUCUCGUCAUCUACAAUCUUCCAAAGACUGCCUUCUCCAAGCUUCGAUCCAAUUCACGCGCCGCUUCCCAAUCAAGUCGCCAUUUCCUAAACGGCGCGCAACUCCUUAGCCGAGCCAGAUCAACUCGCAAUCGUAGCGCCGCCGAAUCGUUGGCUAAAGAAGCCGUUGCAGAAGCCGACAUAGCUAUCUCUCUUCUCCCUCGCGACGCCGCCGCUUUGAUUCUCCGAGCCUUGGCUCUUGAGCAUUUAGGACGCCGAACAUCGGCGCUUCGCUCGCUCGAUUCCGCGCUCACAUCGCCGGCUUCAAAGUCGCUUUCAGCGAGGGAAAGAGGAGAUGCGUUGGUGAAGCGAGCUGAAUUACAGUUGGGUGUGAAUCGGAGGAGAAGAGUUGACUCCGCAUUGUCAGACCUGGUUGAAGGGUUGAGUUUGACUCGAGAUAACUCGAAGGCUUUUUGUUUGUUGGGCCAGUGUUAUGAGAUGAAAGGGAUGAGAAAUGAGGCCUGUGCGGCUUUCGAUGAGGCCCUAAACAUUGAGCCUGAGUCUACUGUAGCCCGUGAAGGUUUGGACCGAUUGAGAUCUUGAUUUGAUUACCCAAUUGUUUUGGGUCUUGGGCCUGAUUGUUAUUUGAGAAUAAGAAAUGUACUCUUAUUAUUUCCUAGACUAAAAGUACAAAUAUUUUGUUGACUCCAAUGUGGAGGUCAUAAAUUGUAGUUCUUGUUAGGGAAAUUACACAUGGUAGUAUUCAACAUUCAUAAGACGUCAGUAGUAGCAUUUUUGUAAGAAUUUUUCAAAUGAUAGCAUGCAAUUUAUGCACUAUUUAACUGUUGUAACAUUUUCUGUUAAAUUCUUGCAAAUUUCCGUUUAAUUCACCAUUUUGUAUAAUUUUUUCACAUAGUAGCAUCCAGUUUAUACUCUCAAAUGUUUAAUUAACCAUU